AUGGACGGUGGCAGGACCCUUCCUGUUCAAUUUCACCAUCGACGACACUACGCAAAGAAAAGUGGAUCGGCGUAUUGCCGAUAUAAUCCUAGCACCAUCAAGGUGCCCUUGACCGAUCUCGAUAACGUAUAUUCGCGGAAAUCAGCGCGAAACCUCAACAUGUUGUCGAUGUUCUAUCGAAGCUGGAUUUUACCUACGGACUACGCCUGCGCCCUGAUAAUUGUUAGCAGAGCUAGAGAUCUUGAACUGGAAUGA